AUGUUUUUCACCUAUCUCUUCAAGUAUAUCGUCAUUGGCGAUACUGGAGUUGGCAAAUCAUGUCUUCUCUUACAGUUCACUGACAAGCGCUUUCAGCCCGUUCAUGACCUCACUAUUAGUGUUGAAUUUGUGGCCAGAAUGAUCACCAUUGAUAACAAAUCUAUCAAGCUCCAAAUUUGGGACACGGCCGGUCAAGAAUCCUUCAGAUCUAUUACCAGGUCUUAUUAUAGAGGCGCAGCUGGUGCUUUACUUGUCUAUGAUGUUACCAGGGAAACUUUUAAUCACUUGACGAGUUGGCUAGAGGAUGCUAGACAGCACGCAAAUGCCAACAUGACUGUUAUGCUUAUUGGCAACAAGUGUGAUCUUGCUCAUAGAAGGGCUGUCAGCACAGUGGAAGGUGAGCAGUUUGCCAAGGAUCAUGGAUUGAUCUUCAUGGAAGCCUCUGCAACAACUGCUCAAAAUAUUGAAGAGGCAUUUAUAAAAACUGCUGCAACAAUGUGCAAGAAGAUUGUGGAUGGAGUUUUUGAUGUAUCAAAUGAGUCAUAUGGAAUAAAGGUUGGAUAUGGAUGA